AUGAGGCAAUUCAACUCGUUCGCGUUGUUCGCCCUGUGGGUUGGCAUUCUAAGCGUCACCAGGACGUACACCAUAAGGAACUUUGGCGGAGAUAACAACGUCAAACAUUUGAGAUUUUCAGAAGACGCGGCGGCUGAGAGAAGCGGCGCUCUCAAGUACAGAGGAAGCCGACUAAGCCAAAGCAAAGAACAGGAGUUAAUUACAGACGAUGAGAGCCCCUUUGGGAAAGCCAUUUUUAUGCAGACGUCAGCCACGUUAACAAAUUUAAUGCAUGAUAGAGAGAGGGUACACUCCUCCCUAAGUAAUGUGGACAUCAAGUAUGAAAUUACGGGGCAUGUCAAAGGGAUCGCAAAUGGGCACCCAAUAUCGAUAGCACUAGGAGCUCAGUACUCAAAUAACUUCGACUCUUUGCAAGUAAUAGAUCUGACGUCUGAGAAUCCUCACUUCAAAUUUAUUGUUCAUGGAGGAAGAUACUACUUACGUAGCUUUGGACCUACCUACUUAACGCCUAGUGCUAUUAAGGUGAAUUUGCCUUGUACCAAGUGCAAGUUUGUGAACUCAGAUUAUAGGGACACUAUUGAGAUAGAUCUUUAUCCGAACGUCUCCAACUUGUUCAUAUACCAGUGGGAACUUCAGUCAAGCGCUCCCAUCCCAUUGGAAAACAUAAACGUGAUUCAUAGCGAUGAAGCUGGAUGGACACAUGGACACGAUAUCUCAAACGAAUUGAAGUUAGACUCAUCAGGAUCUGCAGCUUUGUUGAAGACAUUUUACGGAAUCGAGUUGGUAGGGUAUUGGGGUUCUGAGUACUCAGACAGGUUGCUAAGCGUGUUGUCUGCUUUUCCCUCAUGUGUGAAGUUAGUGACCUACGAUAAGGAGGCGAGAGCUGGUCAGAGGAAGCAUCAACGAUGGAUUCUGGUGCACGAGGAUUUGGGAGCAUUUGACAUGCAGACAGAGACAUAUAAAGAGAAUGAUGAGGCCUACUCCAAGACGGUACGUGUGUCUGGCAGCGCGUUUGAAUAUUCUAAGAAGCAGGUGCAUACAGAGGGCCUCAAUGGGAAAUACUACUCGAGGAGGUUGGAGAAGGUGCUGAUCCGAGCUAUCCUUGCAGAUGAUUAUGAUCUAUUCGUUAGCUACUUUAAGGAAAAGCAUGGAGUUCGAUUGUUAAACCCUGUGAAAAACCCUACCGAAGUGGAAAACGUCACAGGGUAUUCAGCGCAGGAUUACCAACCAUGGAGUCAGAACGUGGAAGAGAUAGUCGAAUUGGCUACCUCAUGGGAUGAAUAUCCAGCGGGAUUGCAAAAAAUUAAGGGGUUGAGCUAUUUGGCGAGAAGGAAAAAUGGAGUGAAACACCCAGUCUACCCAACAGCCCCCGCAGUUGCCUUCCCUGCAGGUCCUUCCAGAAAUUCAUUCAUCGAAUUUAUGGAAUCGGCCUUUGUAAAUUAUAGAGACAUUUCUCACUUGACGCUCCACGAAGUAGGGCACUUUCUCUUCGUCAACAUGCUGUCCGCUGAAUUGAGAAAAGAAUGGGAAGUCAAAGGCCAGUGGUACCCAGAGCCGAUGUCUCCUAGUAAGUGGGCCACUAAGGACGAAGUCGGAUUCGUUUCUGCUUACGCGCAUGAUAAAACACCCGGAGAAGAUUUCGCAGAGUCUAUAGCUUCGUUUGUUCUGAACCCAAACUUGUUAAACUCGAGGAGUAUUAAUAAGUAUGACUGGAUUAAGGAGAAACUCUUUAGUGGUAGCUUUUACGUUACUUCUGGUAGGCACACAUUUGAAGUUAUCAACUUGGGGAAUCAGAACUUUUAUUACCCAGGGAAGGUGAACAAAAUACACGUAGAGGUCAAAGGAGGUCCCUCGGAGAGUAAAAUGGUGAAAAUACAUCUGAAUUUGCUAUCCUAUACGGGAAAUAAAGGGUGCGCUAAGUACGCCCAUGCAAGAUUUUUCUCGCAGCAGCAAACAUACAAAGAUGUCUUCUUCCACACGGAGGACAACUCCGAGUGCAGCCAUGUGUUGAUCGCUCAGUUCGAAUUUAACUCCACAGAGAGCAAGGGCAAAUGGGUGGCUGAGUCUGUGACUUUCACUGGAGAGAACGACAUAAAACGCUACACAGGGCUGGGCUCCUUCCUCCUCUACUUGUAUGUGAAUAAUGAGAAUGAAGAUGUUGAUCAGCCUAUCCCCCUGCUGGACUCUGUUCAGAUUUACCCAUACAAUGGGCAGGGCUCCGAAGAUUCUCUUCUCCGAUUGGAUAUGCUCGUUUUGGAAAACAGUGGACUCAAGGUCCAUGGCGGAUUGUUCGCAAACUUCGCCUCCAUGGAGAGUGAUAGCUAUGCCUUUGGAAACCACACAUACCAGUCAUACGACUCCCAGUUUGAUAUGAAUGCAAUAAGGAACGACUACUUCGUGAGGGACAUAUCGACGAGUGGGUUUCGAGAAGUCAAUAUAGAUGCGUGCAAAGCGCACACCACCAUGAAUGUUUCUAACUUGAAAUGCUUUCAAGUGAUGGAUCCAGUGCAUAUCCCGCACUACUGCGUAGGAAGUAGGUACUACUUCCGCCAACUGGCAGUAGAAGAUGAUGCGGGGAAUCAGAACAUUCUCAAUGUGACGUCGAACAGAUACUAUGCCGAAUUGCAAAGCUCCGGUCCCAGGGAUACAACUGAGCCCACUAUCACUCGGGUUAGGGUUACGAGCAGGCCAGCUAAUGAUCAGCACGACGGAGAGACGGAAGUGACGGUUGAGUUUGACGUGUACGACGAUCUCUCCGGGGUGUACUAUAUUACCUUACAUCUGAGAGAUCCUCACGGGGGAAUCCACUCGAGCCACGUGGACAGGACUUUGCUGCCUCAAGGAAGGGAAUACAAGAGGAUGAAGGAGACGAUCUUACUGCCCAAGGGCUCCAUGGCGGGGACGUGGCUUCUGGACGAGAUCAAGGCGGUCGACCAGUGCAAGAACGAGUCCAGGAAUGUCUACUCGUACAGCGUCUUCGUGGACAAUUCGUGA